CUGGAGUCAUGGAAUGUACUGAGGAGGUGAGAACAGCAGCAUUAACUGGAUGUUUGUGGACAGAGCCUGUUGCUUCACGGUCACAUACACUUUGGGAUUCUUGUUUUCAAAACACUCAGAAGCACAGCUUUCCACCGCGUGAAAGCUUGUGAUGUCUGUGAUGCUGAAGGUGGUGUCAGUACAGUGUCAUUAGCCAGUAGUUACAAUGCAGUGCCAGGCAAGCUGGGUGGUAUUAGAAGGCAUCUGUAGAUUCCUGGGGGUGUGUACAGCUGCAGUGCUAAUUGGUGUUGGGAUUGAAACUCUGCAAAAGGGACAAUUUCCAAGUCUGGCCUAUUAUUUACUGUUUUCAUCAGCAGCCGUGUCAUUCUGUGAAGGUGUUUUCUUCAUACACAUGUUUCUCAUGCACUGUAUAAGAUGGCAGUCAGAACCCCGUCUGUAUGUAUGCUUACGGAAAACAGCACGAAUGGGAGGAUUUCAGAAGUUCCUUGGGUAUGGCAUACUGUCAGUGGCCUGCUUCCUUCACCCAGUACUGGUCUGGCAUGUCACAAUUCCAGGAACCAUGUUAAUUGUUACUGGGAUUGCCUAUCUUUUUUUGAGUAAACGAAAGAAGACUAAGAGCAAGGAUUGCGUUUUGCAGGCUGAAUAUUACACAGACCCAUCUACCACAGCCAUUGCUAUGACCAGAGCUGGAGACACAGAGCAAACUUACACUUUCAAUGACUCCCUGCGCCAGAAGAGAGAAUCUCUACUCACCCAUAUGAGAAGCAUCCUCAAAGUAAAGAAGGACCGCCAACCAUCUAAGAAAGACCAAGGUCGCAUGGAUGCUUCUAUAGACUUAUGUGCUAAAAAGAAACAGGUUCACUUUGAGGAAAAGGUUAUUAAAAUCAUCCCCUUGGAGGAAGGCAUUCUUGAAGACCAGGACAGUGAGUUGGAGGUGACAAUUUCAGAUACUAUUCCCAUCAUACCCAGUGAGCCCAAACAGGUUUUGAACACCACACCCAUGACAUCUGGCAUUUUUUAAAGG